CCUCACCAGGGCGCGAGAAUCUUGGAAACAGCCACUGGGGUGGGCGGGGAAAGGGCUGGUGCUCCACCAAUCACCGAGCCAGUCCCUGGAAGGGUUGAGCCGUGGCCAAUCGGAACGCAGCGGCUUCCUCCUAGCCUGGCGCGCGAUAAUUUGAAGACGCUCACGGAGCGGCUGACUGGGGUGAGGAGAGCUUGCCGGGUUCUGAGGCGCAGGAAUUCAAUAAAGACAAUGGCAGCUCUUACUCCAAGGAAGAGGAAGCAGGAUUCUUUGAACUGUGACAGCCUUAUACACUUCACUGAAAAUCUGUUUCCAUCACCUAAUAAAAAGCACUGUUUUAAUCAAAACAGUGAUAAAAAUGAAGAAAACCUGCAUUGCUCUCAACAAGGGCAUUUUGUUUUAAGUGCACUCAAAACAGCUGAAAUAAAUAGACUGCCAUCAGCAAAUCAAGGCUCACAAUUUAAAUCUUCUGUGUCCACUGUAUCUUUUUACAACCAAAAUAAGUGGUACCUCAAUCCACUGGAGAGAAAGCUGAUAAAAGAGAGUAGAUCUACUUGUCUAAAAACUAAUGAUGAAGAUAUAUCUUUUCCCAUUGUGACAGAAAAAAUGCAGGGAAAACCAGUCUGUUCCAAGAAGAACAACAAAAAACCACAGAAGAGUUUAACUGCUAAGUAUCAACCAAGGUAUAGACACAUCAAGUCUGUAUCAAGGAAUUCUAGAAAUCCCAAGCAAAAUCGAGUGAUCUAUAAGCCGAUUAUGGAGAAAGAAAAUAAUUGUCAUUCAGCUGAAAAUAAUCCCAAUGCUCCUCGGGUUCUAAGCCAAAAAAUAAAACCACAAGUUACGCUCCAGGGUGGAGCAGCAUUUUUUGUUAGUAGAAAAAAAUCCUCUCUUAGAAAGUGGUCCCUGGAAAAUGAGCUGUCACGGGGCACCCAAAAGAAUAAAUCAGAAGUGAUUGAAGAUUCUGAUGUAAAGACUGUCAGUGAAAAAAAAGCUUUUGAGACAAGGCAAGUGCCAAAGUGCUUGAUCCUAGAAGAGAAAUUGAACAUUGGACUAAGUGCAAGCAGUAAAAAUCAAGAGGAAUUAAUAAAGGGUUCAUCAGAUGACAGAGUUUCAUCAAAGGAACAUACAGUUGAUAAAAAUGAGGCUUUUCCUUCAGAGGAUUCUCUUGGUGAGAAUAAGACAAUUUCUCCUAAGUCCACUGUCUAUCCAAUCUUCAGUGCAUCUUCAGUCAAUUCAAAAAGAUCUUUAGGUGAAGAGCAGCUUUCUGUGGGAUCUAUCAACUUCUUGAAACAGACCAAUAUCCAGAAAAAUACUAAUACCAGAGAUACAAGUAAAAAAACAAAAGACCAGCUCAUCAUUGACGCUGGUCAGAAACAUUUUGGGGCUACUGUGUGCAAGUCUUGUGGUAUGAUAUAUACUGCUUCCAACCCUGAAGAUGAAAUGCAGCAUGUACAGCAUCACCACAGGUUUCUGGAAGGAAUCAAAUAUGUGGGUUGGAAGAAAGAACGUGUAGUAGCAGAGUUUUGGGAUGGGAAAAUCGUGUUGGUUCUGCCACAUGAUCCAAGCUUUGCUAUCAAAAAGGUAGAAGAUGUCCAAGAACUUGUUGAUAAUGAAUUGGGCUUCCAGCAAGUUGUUCCUAAAUGUCCAAACAAAAUAAAAACUUUUCUUUUUAUAUCUGAUGAAAAGAGAGUAGUUGGGUGUUUAAUUGCAGAACCCAUCAAACAGGCCUUUCGUGUCCUGUCUGAACCAGCUGGUCCGGGAUCCCCAACCUCUACAGAAUGUUCUAGGGCUUGGCAAUGUUCAAAUGUACCAGAACCUGCAGUCUGUGGGAUAAGUAGAAUCUGGGUUUUCAGACUGAAGAGAAGAAAGCGCAUUGCAAGACGACUGGUUGAUACCCUCAGGAAUUGCUUCAUGUUUGGCUGUUUUCUCAGCACUGAUGAAAUAGCAUUUUCUGACCCAACACCAGAUGGCAAGUUAUUUGCAACCAAGUACUGCAACACUCCUAAUUUCCUUGUAUAUAAUUUUAAUAGUUAAAGUUGAUUUCAGUUAUAAAGGAGUUACUGUCUGGAUAAGUUGAGAGAGCUCCUUGUUAUAAAAUAGAGACUAUUUAAUAAAUAUCAAAAUAAAAAAGACCAACACUCUCAUACACACACACACACACACGUACAUCACAGUUUUGUUCUUUAUGAGUUGAAAAGUCAGGAAUAAAUUUGUUGAAAAUUAUCUGGGGAUUCAAAGAAAGGAAAAAUCUUUGAGUGAUUCACUGAUUAGCACUCUGAAUUUUUAAUUAUGAAACUUUGUAGCUAUAACUGGAAAAUUACCUGACUCUUAUGUAAGAGUAUUGACAAAGUGGUUUUUCUCUAGAAAUGUGACCUGGUCUUUUAUUAAGCACACUCUUGGGCCAGGAUUAUCUAAUGCCACAUCAGAAGCAAAGAGGCAAAUUUAAACUUGGGCAAGUAAUUUCUAUGCCCAAUUUGUAAAGGGAAUUCCUGAAUUUUUUUUUUUUUUUUUUUUAAUCGAGGCGUGGGUCUCACUAUAUUGCCCAGGCUUCUCUGGAACUUUUGGGCUCAAGCGAUCCUCCCAAAGUGCUGGGAUUACAGUCAUAGCCACUGUGCCCAGCCUAAUUCCUGACUUCUCUAUACAAAGUCUUCACUUGAUAGGCACUCAUCUGUUGUAACUCAGUUUGAAUAUCUUUAGAAAAUGUUUAGAAUUUCUUACUUGUAACAAGAUGGUAAGGAAUAAGAUUAUCCCAUAUGCAUUUCUGUAGAGCAGAAUUCUAUAGCUUAAUGUUUAAUCUUUUUGAAAAUAAAAUUAAAUGUUUACCUGUCAUCAGAUUUAAUUAAAAUUAUACUUGGUAAUUGCACUAUUAUCAUUUAGUUAAUUUUUGUUGUAUGGAAAUGUUGGUAGUGCUACUUUAGGAACCUGUUACUGACAAUUGAUGUCAUUAACAAAAUGCCUAGCUGGAUUAGAUGUUUCAUUUUCUAGUUUUUUGCUUGUUUAAAAUGCACCUUACUUGUUCUGAGAUACCUGGCAAAAGUCUUUACAAAAUGUAUGGUAAUAGAACCAAGGUUAGUAAAUAUACAUAGGCUGGUGGAUCAGAGACCAUGGAACUGUGUAAAUACACUUAAAUGUUCACACAUUUUUCUAGUGUAAUUCUUGGAUACUUUAAAAAGCAAAACAUUGUUCAAAUUAUUUUGAUUCUAAAAAAUCAUUCAACUGCUGGCAGAAAGAUUAUAGGCAAGUCGUUUUCCAGAUUGUAAUUAUAUGUAGAAACUGUUCAUCUGCAUUCAUUUUAUUUGCCAGUGAGUUAACAUGUUUCCAAAAUUUUAAAGCCUGGGUUCCCAAAAGAAUGUGGAAGUAUUAAAAUGUAUGUAAUUAUGCAAAUAUUUUAAUGCUAUUUUCUGUACUUGUUUAUUUCUUUUAAUUAUUUUAUUUAAAAUUUUAAAUUAACAUUGUUUAAUGCUUUUGUGAUGAAUCAAUUAAAAUUCUUUAAUAUUUUAUACAACUAAAUCUGAUUUUAAUUAUAUUUUAUUAUGAAAAUUGUAUAUGUUACAUAAAAUUCAGAUAAUACAUAGAGAUGACCAAAAGGCUUCCCAUAAUCCUGCUUUUAGUGCCUAUUACUUUAGAUAAACUAAAUAUAUAUGCAGUUAUUUUGCAUCUUGCUUCAAUUCAGUAUGUCUUAGAUAUGUUGUAUUUCAAGAACUAAAUAUUUAGCAUGAUUUGCUGUUGAUACUCUUGGCUUGGUUGGGUGUUUUUUUGUUUUAAGUGUAACACAUACAAGAAGCAAGUGCACUGACAAGGUCUCAAAGCAAUGAUACCCCAGUGGCAAUGAGCACACCUACCACCCAAAUCUUGGUUGGUUUCUUUCUUUUUUUUCCCACCCUGGGCUGAAGUGCAGUGGUACAAACAUGCCUCACUGCAGCCUCGACCUCCCAGGUUCAAGUGAUCUUCCCGCCUGAGCUCCCUAAGUAACUGGGACUACAGGUGUGUGUCACCACGCCUAUUUAAUUUUUGUAUUGUAUUUUUAGUAGAGACAGAGUUUCACCAACGUGCCCAGCCAGUCCUUAAGCUCCUGAGGCCCUUGAGCUCCUGAGCUCAAGUGAUGCUCCCACUUCAGCCUCCCAAAGUGCUGGAUUAUAGAUGUGAGCCACUGCACCCAGCCAGAUCUUGCUUACUAAUACCUUCCUCCACAAAAGGACCUGGGGCUCUUGGGAGAAAUGGCUCAUUCUAGGGAUAGGGCAAUGAACGUACAAGAUGAGCCUAGAUCACCUUGUACAGCAAUCCCCCCUUAUCUGCAAUCUCGCUUCCCACAGUUUGUUACCAAAAAUAUUACAUGGAAAUUUCUAGAAGUAAGGAAUUCAUAAGUUUUAACUUACCCACCAUUCAGAGUAGCCAUAGUGGGUGAUGAGUGCUCAAUUAAGAUGGAAAAGGCAUCAAAUUUGUCAGCAGAAGACAUGCACAGACACAUAUUCCAAUUGAGGGCAAUCAGGUUCAGUACUGUCCAUGGUUUCAGGCAUCCUCCUGGCGGUCUUUGUCAUAAAUUGUGCCCAUAUAUGUGUAUGUCUAUUUCUGCCUGUUUAUUCUUACUAAUCUUAUAUAGGUUAUAUUUAUGCCAAUACCAGACUGUGUUAAUUAUAAUAUUAAUGUUUGCUAUAGUAUUAGUACAUGGUCCCACCUUUUUUUCUUCAGGAAUAGUUUGUCUAUUCUUGGUCUUUGCAUUUCCAUAUACAUUUUAGAAUCAA